CAUGCCCAUCACAACGACGUUCAAAUGGUCAACCGGGAAAUAAUGCAGCAUCUUCGUCGGCACUAGCCAGGUUUUCACGAGUCGCUUAACAGUGGGGGUCAGAAACAUAACAAUGGCGGAUUUUCGAUCGCGCACAACGUGUUCGUAAAUUAACUUGCGAUCAUUCGCCUUGUGUAUUACAUGCAUCCGUUUGCGCGUGACGUCUGGGAGUAUGUCGUUGACCCGUUGGAAUGCGUCCCAUUUGGCGUAGACGGGCAGCCCGCUGGCCUCCAGGUCCUGCAGGCUGUUGAUCUCCCCGCGAGGCUGCGCCGUGGACAGCUUGCCCAGCAGCAGCCCCUGGUAGGCGGCCACCAGCACGACGCACACGAGCAGCCACACGCCGAGCAGCGGCCGCAGCGCGCGGCCCGCGGGCGGGGGCGUCCCCGGGGCCUGACCCAGCAGGGGCGCCAGGGCCAGCAGCAGCGCCGCGCCGCGGUCCCGGCGCAGGGUGCAGGCCAGGGCGGCCGCGGUGAACAGCGAGGCCAGCGCCGUGCCCAGCCACACCGUCGGCGAGAACUCCACCAGGACGGCGUCCAUGGGGUUGACCACGGGGCCGAGCCCAGCGGGGACCAGGACGACAACAUCAAUAUUCUCCGAGAAGUAAUUAAAGUUUAGCUCUUUAUCGCUCAUAGUAAGCAUCAUGUAUUGAUACAAGAGAGCGUCCAAGCGGCAUUGACUGCGCUGUGAUAGCAUUAGAUCCCACAUGCUAGAAAAUUCAGCUUUUGUUUGGUUUGGAAGCAAGAAAUUAACGCGUUUUAUCUUCCGUGGCUUCUUGGCGUGCUGUUCCAUGAAGUCACCAACAUUGAACAGGUGCGAAUUUUGUUGUCUUGAAACUGAGAUUAAGGUGAAGGGGUCUGCGGGAGAGGGCGGUGGCUGCCACUGAUCGCAGAACUGGGUGAACACGGCAGCCCCGCGCAGCCAUCGGUGCUCGGCCGGCGACCAGCGAUCCACCUCCAGGAAGGCUCGCGUCGCUGUGCAUUUGUUUACGUAGCUGACUGCUGUGCCGUCCACGGUGGAGAUCACGAGUCCAUUCUGGUGACCGCAGUUUGUGAUUCGCGAGAUGUGGUGUACAAAAGUUGUGUUCCGGAGCACUUCGGCCACGGGGCGCCGGGCGGAGGCCCAGAAGAGGAUUCGCUGUAUCCUGGGCAACGCCCGUGAUAGCAUCGCCGUCAGCUCGUCGGGUUCGUUCCCGACGACCAUGAGGAUGUUGUGGCUCAGUCUCAACCUCACCAGUAGCCUGUCCAUGUCCGUCAAAUACGACAUGCUCGUCAGCACCACCCGGGGCGUCUCCCGAGGCAGGUCACGCAGGAAGUCGUCCGUCCAGCGCACCCGGCUCACCACCAUCACGCCGGCCUUGUGGGGCCCCAGGAACGCGGCCAGCAGCGCCACAGCGCUCGCGGCCUCGGGGGCGGGCGACACGUCCACGACGGGCACGGCGGACAACGCCCCGGGCGGGCCGGCGCAGAGGAGCGCCACGGCGAGUACAGCGGCCAUGGCGUGCAUUUGGAGCGUACUGCCUGCUUCGAAGGCUUACCAACUUCUCUGCUGCUCUGGCUGAAUCCUUAUAUUGAUCGGACCAUAGAAGUUGCGCGUCAGGGCGUUAUCACUUUACUGAUCUCUCAGCUUUGCGACAUUUGUGAUUGACUUAUCACGUCACUGCUGCCUGCAAACGGUUGCUCUAUUCAGGAAUUCGAUCGAGGACAACAAAAAGGUCUAUUCAGUUUUAGUCAAGACGCCAGAAAGUAGGCGACGCAGGUGCGGGCGGGUUCGCUUAUUCGCUCACCUCACAAGGGAACCUUUUUUAGGUGUAUGUCAUCAGACAAUAUCUAGAAACUGCGGGUACGAGAUAAUAGAGUGUGUCUGAAACAAUAACGUGCUACUGACCCGAAAAGCUGCUUGAGACGGGGAUGUCCUCCACCUCCUGCAGUUAAGAACCCAGAAAAAAAUGAGCCACGAGCACUGGGUUAAAAGGCGGUCUGGAAGGCGCAGCAUAUCGAGAGGGCUUUCUUCUGUCUUGAGCACGAACAAAAAACUGGAAAACUUUAUUUUCUGCGAAGCACAAUAUCAGAAGACAGUAAGAGUAAUACUAAUGCCGUCUUCUACACCGCUUAAAACAGGGUGAGAGGGGGGUGGUGGAAAUGUUUUUCAAGUGAGCUCGCGGCGAGCUCAGGACACCCGUACGUGCGCACAUAUCUGGACGCAGCUUACUCGACCCGACACAAGCAUCGGCAUCGAUCCCUUACUUUGACGUGGUAACUGCAAGCAGGCACGUGUAUGUCCGAGCCUCCACGCCUCCUCCGGCGCGUCGCGGUCGCGCCCGCCAGGCGGGACACCCAGCGCACUCCCGCACGAGCCCGCGGGCCUUCUAACCGCGGCACCCAGAUUGCCGUGUGACUUUUCCAUGUCGGUUGGAGGGACGACGGCGGCAGCAACGGUAACGCUAUGCGAAUAUAGAGACCGUCUAGACGUUUCGGGACAAAUUUCUGAUGAUGAUGAUGAUGUGUUUAAGGGGAGGGGGGAGGGGGCAUGCAAAUCCUGGAGGUAAUUUUCUACCUAGUCCAGAGGGACAGUUGGGCUGCAAGCACGCCAGCAGUCUGCUCGCAGUCGGUCAGCAGGAGAGCCCGGAACAGACACACAACGCCGCUAUGACGCCGAUCACGGCCGCCCUGCUCUGCGGCGCCCUGGUGGCCGCGGCCGCGCUGGUGGCGCGGGCCCUGCGCGCCUGCUACAAGUUCCGCAGACUGGAGCUGGACAUCCCCGGGCCGCCGUCCCUGCCCGUCCUCGGCAACGCUCUCGACCUCGUCGGCCUGACCGAGGCCAGCGUGUUCCCGGCGCUCAUGGCGCUGUGGGGCGGCCGUCGCACCCUGAGCCGCUUCUCCAUCCUCAAUAAGCUGCACGUGUUCGUCACGGACCCCGUCGACCUCGAGGCCGUCACCAAGCGCCGGGACCUGGCCGACAAGUCACACUUCUUCUACGACCUGGUCCAGGUCGUGGCGCGGUACGGCCUCUUCCAGAUCAACGGCGACCUGUGGCGCCGGCACCGUCGCGCCCUCGAGCCCGCCUUCCACGUCGAGCUCCUCGAGCGCUUCGUCGACAACUUCGCGGAGGAGGCGCAGGGAUUCGUGCAGCGCGUCGUCCCCGGGCAGGAGGUCGACGUGCGCGAGAACGCGAGGCGGGCGGUGAGCAGGUGA